AUGGUCGACUCUAAUGAUAAUGUGGGUAUAAUUAUUCUUGGUAACAAUAAUAGUGAGAAAAGUUUUCUUGGAAAUGUUAUUUUAAAAAGAGAACUACUACAACAUAAAUAUCAAGAAUUAUCAUUUCUUGGACAAUCAUAUAUAGUGUACAAUAUUCCAAGUCUUAUCGAAGCUGAACAAGAACGUAUUGAUUUAAAUAAACGUGAAAUUUAUACUUUUUUUCAGCAACAUCCAAGAUCGAUUGUGCUCUUUGUUUUUGGUGAAGAAAAACAAAAAAUUCAAUAUAAUAAAUGGAAAGAAAAUGGAAUAAUUGUAGCAGGAGGAAAUGGACAAGGAAACGGAACUAAUCAAUUGAAUUUUCUAAUAGAUAUGAUUGUUGAUGAUAAACAAUCGAUUUACGUAUUGGAUUUAAGGAAUAAUCGUAUAAUGAAAUGGAUAAAAGAUUCAAAUGAAGGCAGAGAUGCGCAAAUACAAAUACAAAUUGUACUGAACUGUUUCUAUGUAUUUAUUUACGAUACAUGCUAUUCAGUUUCUGUGUAUUCCAGUUGCAUCAUCUUCUUUACAGCUGUGUGUAUUUAUUAA